CAGAGGAUUCACAGGGGGAGGGAAGCCGCCGCCGCUGUUUAAAGGGGAACCGUUAAAUAGGAUUAUAGAUUCCGGUUUUCAAAAAGGGAAUUGAGACAUUUGUUCAUUAACCAGAACGUGGGGGGCAGAAAACCAUCCAGCCGUGAGCCAUGUCUGUCCGGGAGUCUUUCAAUCCAGAAAGCUACGAGCUUGAUAAGAGCUUCCGCCUGACUCGCUUUGCAGAGCUAAAAGGCACGGGUUGCAAAGUUCCUCAGGACGUCUUGCAAAAACUGCUGGAGUCUUUGCAGGAGAAUCACUUCCAGGAAGAUGAGCAGUUUCUUGGGGCAGUUAUGCCAAGGUUGGGUAUUGGUAUGGACACGUGUGUCAUUCCAUUGCGACAUGGUGGCCUUUCUCUGGUUCAGACUACAGACUACAUAUAUCCUAUUGUAGAUGACCCUUACAUGAUGGGACGAAUAGCAUGUGCAAAUGUGUUAAGCGACUUGUACGCAAUGGGUGUUACAGAAUGUGACAAUAUGCUGAUGCUUUUAGGUGUCAGCAAUAAACUCACUGAUCGGGAAAGAGACAAGGUGAUGCCUCUCAUAAUCCAAGGCUUCAAGGAUGCAGCAGAGGAAGCGGGCACCUCAGUAACGGGGGGCCAGACAGUAUUGAAUCCCUGGGUAGUUCUAGGAGGUGUAGCUACGACUGUAUGUCAGCCUAAUGAAUUCAUCAUGCCAGACAAUGCUGUACCAGGAGAUGUUCUUGUGCUGACCAAACCUCUAGGAACCCAAGUGGCUGUAGCUGUCCACCAAUGGUUAGAUAUUCCAGAAAAAUGGAAUAAAAUCAAACUGGUGGUCACCCAGGAAGAUGUGGAGUUAGCAUACCAGGAGGCGAUGAUGAAUAUGGCACGACUAAACCGGACAGCUGCUGGGCUCAUGCACACGUUUAAUGCACAUGCUGCUACCGAUAUAACGGGGUUUGGAAUUUUAGGGCAUGCACAGAACUUGGCGAAACAGCAGCGGAAUGAAGUCUCCUUUGUUAUCCAUAACCUGCCAGUGUUGGCCAAGAUGGCCGCUGUCAGCAAAGCCUGUGGGAAUAUGUUUGGCCUCAUGCAUGGGUCUUGUCCUGAAACAUCAGGCGGUCUCCUCAUAUGUUUGCCGAGAGAGCAAGCUGCACGCUUCUGUGCAGAGAUCAAAUCGCCGAAGUAUGGAGAGGGUCAUCAAGCAUGGAUUAUUGGCAUUGUAGAAAAAGGCAACCGCACUGCCAGAAUCAUAGACAAGCCACGAAUCAUAGAGGUUGCCCCUCAAGUGGCCACUCAAAAUGUUAAUCCAACACCUGGUGCCACUUCUUAAUCAAGGCUAACUUAGAUCUUUUUUGUUUUUGGUUUGGUUUUGUUUUUAAAUAGACCCUAUUCCUUACCAUCAUACAAUUUAAAUAAUUGUAAAGAAAAAUAUAUAUAUAUAAAUAUAUAUCAUUGCGUCUACCCAUUCCGUGGCCUUGGGUCAAACUUAUGAAUGGGUAUGAUUUAAUACAUGAAAAAUCCAUAUGCCUUUUUUGUUUUUUUUCCUUCUUCCUGUUACAUUAACUGAAGAUGCACCUAAUCUUGAGGCAGCUUCUAAGUUGAAGAAUGAUAUUGUUAUCCGAUACAGUUGAUUCAUUUUGAAUCUAUAGACACUUAUCUCUUGCCGCGUAGGCUCUUUUUUAAAGGUGCUUUCACUCAGCACAGACAUUGCCAUUGUAGUGUCAAAUAAGCAGUUAGUGUCUUCAUUUAUAUAUGUGUAUUUAUCAUUAUUCGUCUGACAAUGUUGGAUGCCUUUGGAAGUCCUAUCGAAGAGGCAAUAAAUGGGCUGUGGGUAUUGACAUUGGAGGGUGCAUGAUUCCUCUUGAAAGACUUGUUUAUUUCGGCUGGGCACAAGAUGCCUCGUACCCUCCAGUUUUAUGUUGCUUAGCGGAUUCCUUAGUCUUGGUGGUGAUGAAUAUAACGCCUCUCCCUAUAAUCAACAUUACGAAGCCUAAGGGAUGCCCUACUAUGCUUAAAAGCACUUCUGGUGAAGAAGAUGAAUCUUUCUUUCGUUCUGGCAAUAGUUACUGUAUUAACAAUUGUUUUCUUAUCAGUAGUAAAGGAGAAUCUCCUGCAGUGUGGUAAAGGUAUAACUAGUUCAUACCACUGGCUAAACAAUUAAUAAGGUCGCCUGAGUCACUUAAAUUCAGUCAUUCUAAAUGUGCACACUCGUAAAUACAAAACACUUUUUAAGUAUAAUCAAUAACCUUUCUGUUCUGUGGUUGCUAGUGUUUCAUACAUUUUUUUUAUAUUUUGUAUAGUGAUUACAUGCCUUUAUAUUUUUUUUUUCCAUUAUAAAUCAGCAGCUGUUAAGUAGUUGGUAGCUCUUUCUUUUCCUAUUUUGGUGCAUGAGUUUGUGAUCUAAUAAAAUUGAAAUUGACAUUGCCAACAUUGCAGCUUAAACUCCAAACUUGUUAUUCAAAUAAAUAUUUAAUUUUUUUUAUUGCUCUUGUACAAA